AUGCAGACUCAGAGGCGGGAGGCCACCCAGUCCUAUGUCCCCAGGAGGACCCUCGAAGUGGACUUCCCGCCUCCUCUCUACAGUGAUGACUACCUGUCUCUGGAGGGGCCCCGCUGGACACCAGCCAUCAAGCAGGCAGUGCGCUGGAAGUAUACACCCAUGGGCCGUGAUGCUGCCGGCCAGACAUGGUACACCGGCCUAACCAACUCGGACCCCCGUGAAGCCUGGUACACGCUCCCAAGGGCUCUGGACAGCCCCUACCGGGAGGCUUACGCCCACUGGCAUGGAUGCCAUAGCCACCGGAAGCACAGCAUGCCCUCAGCCCAAGCCCAGCGCCUCCGGGAGACUGCCUGGUAUGACCCCAUCAUGCCCGCUCAGUACAGUGCCCCCGGCACGCGGUGGGGGGCCAUGCUGUGGAAAGACAGACCCAUCUGGGGCAAGGAAUAUGUGGUCAACAGGCACCAAUACGGGGUGGAGCCACCGGGGCAGGUGUCAGAAUACGUGCCCUACCUGUCAGCAACGCAGCGUCCGCGCUACACAACCCAGAACUACCGGCAGUGGGACCUGGAACCCUAUUGCCCAUCCACUGGCCAGCGGUCCUCACCCAUCUACAUGCCCACUAUCUGA